GUUGUUAAGAUAAAGCCACAUGUGUACUUACAAAUAGUUAUGCAGAGCAAUAUGUGAAAUAAAAUCGAAAUUUUUAUUUAUCAUACUUUUUGUAUGAUGAAGGCCGAUAUGCGCGUAGAGAAUCGAUGUCGUCCUGUUUCGAUUGCAGAAAUAUAUCAAGAUUGUAUGUGAAAAGAGGUUGACGUUGAUCUGAACGGGACGGGACCGGUGAAAAGGGACUGCCGAGAAGGCGACACCAUGCCCAUUUAUGACUUUUUCAGAAAGGUGGUGGGCUUGCCAGCGCAGAUACCGAGAGAUCGGCAAGAUGGAAUAAAACCUGGCUUUAAAAAUCCCAUUUGGGGAGAGGAUGAUGAUGACGAUGAUGAUGAAUUGGAUGAAGAUUUCAGAGGUUUCAGUGCUUCCAGUCCGUUUCAUUUCAGUGUGUUCACUGGGGAUUUCUUUGAUAUGCAUAAAUAUUUUGAGCAACAGAUGGAUGACAUGCUAAAAAUAUUUGGAGACUUUGGAUUUGGAGAUUUGGAGAAUAAAGGGGACAGACAUUUUCCUGAUGAUUAUGCACCAGCCAAUAAGGAGGAAAACUCAAUUCGAUCUCAGUUUGUGAAGCCAUCUUUUGAAAGACAAUUGAACAGGAAAUCGCAAAAAAUUGAUUCUGAUUUGGAUGGAAACUUUGAUUCGAGUGUUUUUGAUUUGAUUCCUGACGCAAAUAAACAUGACGUUAUCCCGUUCAACAGACAUUUAAAUCCUACGCAUUUUUUUGGCCAAAGUGUAAUUUCACGCUCAGUCACAAGACCUAAUGGGACUUUAGAACAUUUUAAAACUAUAAAGAAAAGUGAUGGUAGUGAAGAGGUGACAGUUACAAGGCAGAUUGGAGAUAAGAAACACACAGUCAUCACUGUCACAAGUAGAGAAGGUUUGGUCGAGAAGAAAGAGGAAUUUGUUAACAUGGAUAAAGAGAGUAUUGGUGAAUUUGAGGCUCAGUGGGGAAGUAAUGGCAUAAAUACAAACUUUCGUCCAGCUGAUGAAGGGCAGAGCAGACAUUGGCCUAUUUUUUCCAUCUUUAAAAACAUGUAUUUCAAAUAAAACGUUAUAACUGACCAUUAUAUCUCUGUGUUGUCUUUUUCUCUUUGAAAUAUAUUGUACAUAUAGAAAAAUACAUAGUUUUUAAUUAUUGGGA